AUGCAGAAGCCUCCUUCUGGCUUCUCCGACGGUGAUAACUCUCCUGUCAGGACAUCCAAUGCCGCCAUCCCGACCUCGCCGAUUCUGCCGCACAGCUCUCCGUCCCAGGCGGCGCGGUCUUCCGUGACAAACGGCCUCGAGACCCAGCAGAGCACCGGCGAAUCGCGCUCGCACCCACGUCGCCAGCAAAAGUCACCCUCUCUGGCCGACCUGCCGUCCUCUUCGUCCGCGAGAAGCAGGCGAUCCACCAAUCUGGCGGGCGAGAAGCCUAGCGGCAAGCAGCCGCCGAGGAAUGGCCUUGUCUACGCCACGCCCAUAGCUCUGCCGGUCACCGCCUCAUCUUCAUCCUCAUCUUCGUCCUCAUCCUCAUCCUCCACCGCUUCCUCGCCGGCAUCGUCACCUCCACAGGCCUUGGCUAGCUCGAGCUACGCUACCGAGCGGAUGAACGGCGACAGCAGUUAUCUACACGCCCAGCCAGACGCGCUUCCGGCCUGCAGCACGGCUGCGAGCGACUGCAGUACCGGCGCUGGCACCGGCAGUGUCGUGACCAAGUACGCCGGCUGCAUCACCGCCCCCAGCAUCAUGGACAGGUCUCCACGGUCUCGACCUGUGGCUCACAGCAAGCAGCGGUCUCGCAAUCCCUGGUCUAUCAGCCUCCUCCCCCUCUCCGUCUCGCUGCUGGGCGCCGUCCUGUUGGGACUGAUCUUCAACUCUCUCGUCACCCGCCAGCUCGACCCCAAGGGCUGUCGCAUGGCUUACAUGUACCCUUCCUACACUCGCAUCGCCGACUUUGAUACCGAACACACCCGGUUCGCCAGCAAAUACUCGCUCUACCUCUAUCGCGAGGACGGCUUCGAUGACAAGACCAAGCUCCGGGGCAUUCCCGUCCUGUUUAUACCGGGAAAUGCCGGCAGCUACAAGCAGGUCCGCCCCAUUGCUGGCGAGGCUGCCCAGUACUUUCACAACGUCGUGCAGCACGACCAGGCGGCGUUGCGCAGUGGCGCCCGUACGCUCGACUUCUUCACGGUCGACUUCAACGACGACAUAACCGCGUUCCACGGCCAGACGCUGCUCGACCAGGCCGAGUAUCUGAACGAGGCCAUCCGCUACAUUCUCUCGCUCUAUCUCGACCCGACCAUUGCGUACCGCGACUCCAACCUGCCCGACCCGGCCUCGGUCAUCGUUCUGGGCCACUCGAUGGGCGGCAUCGUGGCCCGCACGAUGCUGAUUAUGCCCAACUACCAGUCCAGCUCGAUCAACACGAUCGUCACGCUCUCGGCCCCCCACGCCCGGCCUCCAGUGACGUUUGACAGCGAGAUCGUCAAGAUCUACGACGACAUCAACGGCUACUGGCGACGGGCCUAUUCGCAGAAGUGGGCCAACAACAAUCCUCUGUGGCACGUGACACUCGUCUCCAUUGCUGGUGGUGGUCUCGAUACCGUUGUGCCAUCUGACUAUGCGAGCGUCGAGUCCCUCAUGCCCGAGACCCACGGCUUCACCGUCUUCACCACCACCAUCCCCAACGUGUGGACGAGCAUGGACCACCAGGCUAUCUUGUGGUGCGACCAGUUCCGCAAAGUCAUUGCCCGCACCUUGUUUGACGUCAUCGACGUGCACCGAGCGACGCAGACGAAGCCUCGUGCAGAGCGCAUGCGCGUUUUCAAGAAGCACUUUCUCACCGGCCUGGAGGCUGUCGCCGAGAAGGACAUGCCGUCCAAGGAGCACUCGACCCUCCUGACGCUCGACAACAGCUACAGCACCAUCGUGGCCCAGGGCGAGCGGCUCGUGCUGCGCCGGCUGGGCAGCUCGCCACGGGCACACGCCCAUCUGCUGCCCAUCCCGCCGCUUGGCUCGCUCGUAGGCAAGCGCUUUACCCUGAUGACCGACCAGCGCCUGGAUGGCCCUGGCGAUGCCGGGAAGGUCGAGGUCCUGUUCUGCAGCGCGUUCCCCCUGCAGUCGAGCCAGACGGGCGCGUUUUCUAUCAAGAUCGACCUGUCGUCGGCAGAAAAUGCCGGGUCGACGCGGCUGGCCUGCAAGAACGCCACCCAGGAUGUCAUUGAGCUGCCUGCAUCGCGCAGCACGUCCCGCCACCCGUUCUCGCUGGACGAGCGCGACUCGGCGCCCUUCUCCUACCUGCAGUACAACGCCGAGCAGAUUGCGGGCCACCAGUUCGUGGCCGUCAUCGACAGGGCAACCGUGCCUACGCCCGGCUUUGUGGUGGCCGAGUUCAGCGACAACGACAAGGCCCGCCACUCGCACGACGUCAGCUUGCGCCAUCUGCUGAGCUUCGGCCUCAAGGUCCGGCUGCCGGCGAACCACGCAAUGGUGACGGAGAUCCGGAUUCCGGCGGUGCAGUCGAGCCUCUUGGCCUACAACCUGGAGAUCGAAAAGCAGUUCUGCGCCGAGGCCUCGGCCGAGCUCUUCACGCCACUCGUGCGCCAGUUCAUGUCGGAGCCGUUCGAGUCCAAGUUUUACGUCAACGCCCGUCGGGCCAGCGUGAGCCUGCAUGGCACUGCGCCCUACAUGCCGCCAGCGCUGAAGCAGAGCGCGGCUGACGAGACAGGCCUAGGCUUCCAGCUCUGGGCAGACCCGACGUGCAACUCGAGCGUGCAGCUGAAGCUGACAGUCGACAUCAUGGGCAGCAUGGGCAAGCUCUACAUGCGCUAUCGGACCGUGUUCGCGGCCUUUCCCGUUCUCGUCGUUGCCCUGGUGCUCCAGAAGCAGUUCAGGGUCUACGACGAGACGGGCGUGUUCGUCUCGUUCUCCGAGGGCCUGAACGGCUCUCUGCGGCAGUCACUCCCGCUGGUCCUGGCAUCGCUGACGUUGCUGUCGCUCUCGGUCGGCAGCUCGCAGGGUGGCCCGGGCUCGACGGGCUUGAUGCCCUGGCACAACGCUACGACCGCAGCCCUGGACUUUCACCAGAACGAGCUGCUCGUGGGCACGCAGGACCCGUUCUUCUGGUUUCUCACGCCGUUGAUCGGCGUCAUCUGUGUCGGCGUCUGCACGGCCCUCAACUAUGCCGCGCUGGCCCUGACGCACAUCCUCAGCAUCGUCCUGAGCCUGGCGCUGUCACGGCCGGCCUGGCUGCGACACGAUCAGCGCAGCACGCAGCAGACCGGCCAGGCCGACGGACAGCAGCCACAGCAACCACAGCUCCCACUCCAGCAGCUCCAGCAGCUGCAGACCCAGCUGUACUUUGCGCCGGCGUUUGCGCAGGCAUCGCCGCGCAGACGCGUGGUGACGACGAUGGUGCUUCUCCUGCUCGUGACGACCUUUAUUCCGUAUCAGUUUGCGUACCUGGUCGCCUGUCUGGUUCAGAUCGCGACGACGGUGCGGGCUCUGCGGGCUGCUUCGGACCUUCGGUCCACCAUCAACUACAACUUUUACAACUACGUCCACUCGAUCCUCGUUCUGAUGCUCUGGAUCCUUCCGAUCAACCUCCCCACCCUGGUCGUCUGGAUCCGGAACCUGGCGGUGCACUGGCUGACGCCCUUCUCGUCGCACCACAACGUGCUUUCCAUCAUGCCGUUCAUCGUGCUGGUGGAGACGCUGACGACAGGCAAGAUGGUGCCUCGCCUGACGACUCGGCUGCGGCACGUGACCAGCAUUCUUCUCUUCGGCAUGGCCAUCUGCUCUGCCGUCUACGGGGUGUCGUAUGCGUACAUGAUCCACUACCUCGUCAACCUGGUCGUGUUCUGGCUGUGCAUCGUACACUCGACGGGCGAGCCGGGCGCCUGGUCCGUCACCCUGAUCAGCGGCAUCUUUGGCGAUGUUGGCCGCGACGGAAAGCAGGGCAAGGCACCAUGA